AUGUCGAGCCCUACAGAUCAGGUGCCGAACAACGAUAGCGCAUCCCACCCCGCUUCCAUCAAGCCAAAGGAUAGCUCCACUUCGCUCAGCUCUUUGCCAUCUCGCCUUGCUCCACCUCCCACGCUCAAGCCAUCCUCUGCAGACGUUCAACUCGACUUGAGCUCAGCCUCCUCCGAGCCACAUGCCUCUACUUUGGCUCGUAAUGCCGCUUCGAGACCCAAGUCCGUGCUGCCCGCUGUUCCAUCGUCCAUCUCGCCCAAGGCUCGUCCAAGGACCAGCUUGAUCGAGACUAGUCAGCUCUGGAAGACUAGCGCUGCAAAACGUGCCGAAAUGCACUGGGCUCUGCAGACCGAACGUGCCCUCUACUCGGACGCCAAGUUCAAAAAGUAUGUCGCCCUCGUAGAAAGAACCUUGGCUUCCUUCGAGAGCGUCAGCGAAUGGGCCGACUUUAUUUCGUUCCUCGCUCGCCUUCAUAAGGCUAUCCAGGCAUACCCCAACUACAAUGCCAUCCCUCGCAAGCUCAUAGUAGCUAAACGUCUAGCACAGUGUCUCAAUCCGGCUUUGCCUUCAGGCGUUCAUCAGCGUGCCCUCGAUGUUUACCAACACAUUCUCAGCGUCAUUGGCCCCGACGGUCUCCGGCGAGACUUGCAGGUCUGGUCUAGCGGUCUCCUCCCCUUUUUUCAGUAUGCUUCCACAUCGGUCAAGCCCACGCUGAUUGCUAUCUAUGAGUCCUUCUACCUUCCUUUGCAAGAUGAUCUACGUCCACUCUCAAAGGCACUUCAGAUGGCUUUGCUUCCAGGCCUCGAAGACGAGACCAGCGAAUACUACGAGCGCACAAUCCGUCUUCUCGAUGCCAUCUCGGAUGCUGUAACGCAGCCCUUUUUCCUGCAAAACCUCUGGCUCACCUUGAUCACCACUCCCUCGGUACGCCUAGCUGCUCUCAACUUUCUCAACCGCAGGAUGCCGCCCCUUCAAGACACACACGACCCCACCACACUCGUCGGCAAAGAUCUUGGUCUAAUGGUCCGUGGCCUUGCCCAUGCUCUCAAUCACAAUGUCCUCCUCGUUCGUCGUAACACGCUCGAGCUUCUCGUCACUCACCUCCAGAUCGACCAACCCACUUUUUCAUCGGCGAUCAAACGUCCUAACCAGAUCCUCCUCGUCCGCUCCGCCCUCAACGUUGUCCUCCGCAAAGAUCUCUCCCUCAAUCGUCGCCUCUACACCUGGCUUCUAGGCGCCGACGAGUCUCCCGAAUCCCAAAUCAGCUUCUUACAGAAGUACGCCCUCGAUCUGGUCCGCAACGCGCUCAAGCAAGACUUUGAUCAAGACCACACCGAUCCGGCGGAGCGUCAAAAGCCGUACCGCAUCUUUAUCUCACUCUUGGACAAGUGGGAGAUCGGCCAGUCCCUCACGCGUGUACUCGCCCUAGACGCUUUCCACGCUAUCAGCGUUCACGUCGCAAGAGGCCAGCAUGAGGAGCUCAUGACCACGGCAAAAAUGCUGUUCGAGGUUGUCGACCCUUUUCUGCUCUACGGCCGUUUUCUCGACGCCAUCAUCGAUUCGUUUCAAUCACAGAAGAGCGCAUCAAAGGCGACCUACACGCAACCGCUCGCCCUCCUCUGUUUCGUCUUCAAAGCGUUCCACAUCCACGACGAAGAGACAAAGCAGAUUCACGUUCCGCUUCUCUUUGCCACAGUUUCUCAGCUCCUUCUUGAGCAUCUGCAGCACAACCGACCCCAAGACGACGCCGCAUCGUCCAGAACGCUUGACGCCCUCGAGUUACUCAAGCUACUCAUCACCGUCAUGCCGUCACGUGUAUUUGUUCGGGUAGCAAUCGCCAGUCCCAUCGCCACGCCCACCACUGACUUUGUGGACCAAGCACGUAGCUUCUACGCUUCCAGCGAGACGGACAGCCAACAGGCCGCACGAAACUUUCUGAGCUUUCAAGAUAGCUCAUCAGCAACAGCGCUCAUCAAGCUUUCGGCUCAGAUCUGCCUCGAAACCGCCCAGCGUGCCAAGCAGGCUCCCGCUGCCACCGAAGCCUUUGUUCGCGCUCUCGACGUCUUUGCCGAUGCCAUGCGCGUUAUUGAUGGCUCUGAAGCUGCUCAAGAAAUCGCAUUGGUCACCUCGACAGCCGCUCCGUCGGCCAAAGCUCAAGCGCCACCAGUUUCGACGCACAAGCUUCCCUGGGACGCAGCCGGCUGGACAAACUCGCUUUUGCCGUAUCUCAACCACACUGCCACAUUCGCAGAAGUGGAGCGCAUCGUCGAAGUCUUGAUCUCGUGCAGCAUCUGUCGAGCGCUCCAGAAUCCGAUCCAGCUCGAUCCGCCGCAUGUGUUGGAUCGCAUCGUUGCCUCGCUCUUCCGCUACCUAUCACCCGCCAUGGCUCCCUACCACGUUCGUGCUGUUGAGCUGCUCUGGGCCACCUACAAGGUCACCCAACGAUCUCGCCUAGAGACUGUCGUGGCACAGCAGCUGACUGGCGUCAGUGUCACCGGUCAAGCUAGCGUCUCGACUCGAUCCGCCGCUCUCGUCGCGUUUGGCACCUUCUGGCAAUUAUCCGAGGACGUCUCUACCGAUGAGCUCCGUACGCCGCUGCUUCUCGUCUUGGACAAUCUCCAGUCGCACGAUGCAGACGAGCGGCAUCAGGCCGAAUCAUGGCUGAGGGCCAACGUGCGAUCCUACCUCAAGAUCGUAGACCCGCUACUGCACAUGCUUUUGCGCAAUCGGGCCGCUUCGCUGACGUCAGCGUCCUUGGACAUCUAUGGCAGUCAGGUCACCUUUUCCCAGAUCGACGAGCCAUUCAACCAGCAAUUGAUCCAGUAUGCACUCCGCACGCUGUCCGCUGUAGCGCGGUUCGGUGGACUCAGUUUUGCUAGAUCGCUUGCGGCAACAUCGCUGUCGGCUACGCUCAGCACCACCACCAAGCAGUUCGUUCGGGCCGAGAUGCUCACCGCUUCGACGUCUUAUCUGGAUGCCUUGCUCGAUGAAUGCAGCAUCUGGAUCAGCGCGCAACCAUCGCCUCGCCUCCAAGAGAGCUAUUUCUCCGUCUUGACGACAACGCGAGCCGCUGCUGUCGACCUUGUCCACUCUCUUGUGCAGCGAAGCUCGACUUCGCGCAAUCGCACCAACCAACUCGAGACGCUCUUGAUCGAAGCGUUGCUCAUGGCGAUUCACCAGGGCUCCAUAACCCUCCAGAACAAGAUGCUGCAUACACUACAUACCAUACUCGCAGCCAAGACGAGCCACUCGAGCCGACCAGAUCUGCUUCAGAGACGCCUCUCUAACACAUCGCAGUCCCUAAGCCUCCACCAGCGCGGCGACUCUACGGGACGAAGCGAGACAGAGACCACUACGCCUGUUCAGACGCAAAAGUCGACAUCAGUAGCAGCGUGGACGGCAGCCGCCUCGAAGCCGCAUCGUCUCUUGACGCCUCUAUUGCAGCGCGCGCUUGUGACGCCGUCAAAUCGAGCUGUCCUUCAGCACUGGACGGAUUUCAUCCUGAUGACCGCGCCGCUCUAUCGCAGCAGCGCCGCCGCACUCCUGUUGCCGCUCAAUCGCACGGUCUGCGACUUGAUCGCAAGGGCCACGCUCGAAGUCGCUGACUCCUACAUCCCAGGUGCCAGCAGACCCACAUUUGGAGCAGAGCUGGUGGUUCAGUCCCAUGACACGCCAUGCUCCUUUCUCGAAUCGGAUCUGAUUCUGCUCAUUAAUCUCGCCGAGCGCUCCUUGAUGCUCGCAGGUGGAAACACGACUGAUGAAACAACGGUGCCGACAAUGCCAGGGGACGGGGAUGAAAAAGACCGCGCUACAACUGAAGUGACCCCGAUCGUUAUCACCGAAACUACGACGCAGGAUCAAGGCCUGCUCGGCUACGUGACCAACGUCUUUUCCUCCGACGUUGGCGAUGCAGAAAAACCAGACGCGCCUCGCGAUGGACCCAAAGGUCCGCUUUUACAGACCGUGCAAACGCUGCAUCGCGUAUGGACGGUUUGCGGCACCGAACUUUCGCCUACGGACGCAAAGUCGCUCUCUCUCGACGCUAUGACUUCAAAACUCAAGCUGCGAUGCCGUCGUGCAUUCGAACGCAUCUACCGCGUCCACCCUGCCGAAACGGUCGAGGCGCUCCUCCACUGUUGGCAGUCUAGUGUUAAGCCUGGCCGCCGCCGAGAUCCUGCCGCGACAGCUGCCGUCAUUGAGAUCCUGGACAUUGUCACGCCGAGUGCACAGAUCCUCGUCACGUUCCUCUGCGACGUUCUGGCGGCGCGCAUCGCAAAGGGUGACGACCGAGCUCGCAAGAGUGCUACAACGUCGACAUCCACGGUCUCGGAUGCGACGCUGUUCCUCUUCUUUGACGCCAUGCUGACGAGAAUCGAGCCGCAGGAAGCGACACAAGUGUGGCCAGUGAUGCUGGUGUUUGUCAAGGACUUUGUUGCCAACAGUAUGGCUCGCAAGACGCACGUCUAUCCUAUGCUUCGGCUGCUGACGGCGCUCGGCGAGAAGAUUUGCUUGACGUCGGCGAUCGAGGAGCGUCGAACGAAACGCGAGCUGCAGGAUAACUUGGCGAAACUGAUCGAUUCGUGCAUCUUGAUCUCGGGCAAGUCGUUCGACCAGUCUACGUGGAUCCGUCGUUCGGGGCGCGACAAUGCAGAUGACGUAGACAAUGAAGCAGCCGAAUUCACGGCUGAGCUGCUUUCGCUUGAAGAUGGUGCGGCGGCUGCCGAGGCGGUGGGCGCGAAUGCGGUGAUUGACGCCAUCAACCGGUUUCUGGCGACGCGCGCACUGGCGGCGCUGCGCAAGGUGCAAAUGGACACGGAUCGCAUUCUGGCGAUUGUCUCGAAUGCAGUGUACUACAUCGUGGCUCCAGCGGCCCGCACGAGGUCGCGCACGAUGGAGAUCGACGCUAGCGUUCUGGCUGUGAUUUGCGAGCUGGUUCGCAUGCCCGGGGCGGUGAAAGCGUGGCGCAGCACGGUUGCAGAGAUGUUUGGAGACGGGCGAUUCUUCAGCAUGGGAUUGGCGAAAGCAGAAGCGUGGAAGCCGAUUAUCCUGGCGCUCAUGACGCAGGACAAGGAGCGCGUGCCAGAGCUGGUUGCGCGGGUGGGCGCAUCGGCGGGCGCAGCUAACAUCUUUGCGAAUCGCGAGCUCGAGAUGCUUUCGCGCGCACUCAAUCUACGACGUCUGUCGUUCACGCUGUUUACAGGCGAACGCGAUGCAUUUCUGACACAGCUCCCUAUGAUCCAGGAGAAACUGGUCGACUUGCUUCGUGCCUCGGUGUCGGAGAUUCUGCAUGCCGAAGUAUACCUGUGCUUGCGCGUGAUGCUGGUUCGAUAUUCGGCGCGAAACCUGGCGUCGUUCUGGCCAGUGCUCAUGACCGAGCUGAUGCGGCUGUAUGAUCGAGUAGCGACGGAUGUGCAUGUAGUUUCUUCGGCCGACGGACGCCAUUUGCUGCUGUCGACGCUCAAGCUGUUGGAUCUACUGGUGCUGAUGCAGCCCGAGGAAUUCCAAAUCCACCAGUGGCUCUUUAUCACUGAUACCAUCGACGCCGUGUAUCCUACGGACGACUAUCAGCCGCAGACACUGCUCGAUACUCUGGCUACCACCUUUGCUGCCGCGUCCACACGCUCGACUCCAUCCACACCUUUGCGCUCCGCCCGCAACAGGUCCUUGCAAAUCGGACACGUACGCAACAUCAAUGAGCUCGCCGAGCUCAUUCCCUUCUUGAACAGUGUCUCCCAGAACGCCUUCGAGGCCAACUAUCGAGACGAUCCCAUCGACUGGAUCCACGUCGAUCAGUGUCUGCUCACCGAUAUGUUUGACACCUCCCAACCCGCGCAGCACACCACCACGCGCGACACCACCGCUGCCACUGCCACUGCCGCCCCCGCUAGCGCCUCUGCCCAAGAAAUUGCCGUGCCGCCCAAGACCGACUAG